CACACAACAUUUAACUUAAUAAAUCAAAGUCGUCUUUUCGUGCCAUUUCAACAUUGACAUAACAACAUUAAAAAUUAAAAUAAACACAAAAUGAUGCGAGUGCACCGAAAAAAAGUUUACCCAACGCGAGAAUCGGAAUUACCGAGAAUUUUAAGAGUUAGAAUGAAAGGAUUAAGAGCAAUAAUCGGAACUAACGACGCGUACAACUUAUCCUUUGAAUUAACCACCUUAGAGUACGUUAUGUUGAUUAUUAUGUACGAGUGCGGUAUGAACAGUUUAAUAACGUACCUUGAUUUAGUUGUUAAACACGGACCAUUUUACAUCGGUGGUGCAUACAUCUUCAUAAUGGUAACAUUAACGAUGCCUAUUUAUAUGUUAUUAACAUUUUUGGGGAGUUACUCAAAAAAGAGUUACAUAAAACUAUUCACUUGCGCCCCCAUUUUCGAAGGGCUUGGCUACAUGGUGGGAAGUGUUAAAUUAAUGGGGGAAUUAUUUAACAGUUCGAUGGCGGCGACGGCUUUACUCACGUUUUAUCACUGCUUGGCGGGGCAAUUUAAGGCGAAUUUUUGCGAGGGGCUCAUUUUGAAAAACGGGAACGAUUUGAGAUGUUUAUCGAAAUAUCCGAGAUUCUUGUAUCACAUUCCUUGUCAAAAAGAGGCCGAUACGAGAUUUUUAACAACAACGCAAUAUUAUUUCAUAAAACUUUUGAACCACUCCUACGAUGAAACCACCCCCCCAAAAUUAAACAACAACCUCGUCGUUUCUUCCUUUUUAAUUUGGACCCUAAUUUUCGCAAUGGCUUUGGGGGGAAUUAAACGUUUAAAAACGUUGACGACUAAUCUGCAAUUCGUGUGUGGUUUUGUCGUGAUUUUAACGGUUUUGGUGGCGAUUUCGCACGCUCAUCCGCGAUUUGAGAUUAGGGCGAGAUCUUUUGGGGAAAUAUCUUGCUUGUUUUCUUUCGAGGUGAGUAUUAUUUCGGUUGUUGAUAAUUUUUAAUGUUUUCUUCGUCAGUUUUGGUCGGAUUUGUUCGUGUAUGCCGUUCAACCAACUGGGUUUGGAAAUAUAAUUUGGUUGGCUACCAUCAAACCAAAAUCGAUUGAUCCGAAAUUUGCCAUCAUUUUAACUUCGUUAAUCAAAAUUGUUCUGUUUUCUUUGUUAACUUGUAUCAGCUCUUUGAUAUGUCAAGAUAUCUUGUAUCAUCUAAAAAUCGUCGAUCAAGCUUGUUUAUUCGUCACAGGUAAAUGUAUAACAUAUUGUAUUGUAUCGCCUCGUCCGCUGAGGUAUUAAUAUCGUAUCAAUCACUUGGCAAAUAGAAAUGAAGGUCAAUAUUUCAAUAUAUCAUUUUUCCAAGUCCUGUAGUAUUUAAUCUAUCUAUAUAUUCUUCAAUUGCUUCUUAAAAAUCAAAAAUGCUUCGAUUUGAUACCAAACACGAUAUAUUUCGGUUAAAAAAUAA